CUGCUGGAUCUUCCUGUUUCGGGCUUCAGCAUGAUCGUGACCAAACGUUUUAUACAUUUUCCUUACACGAAGGCACAAAAAGGCUUUAUUUGAAGUUUUAAAGAAAAACGUCACUCUUUUACUCCGAGGAGGAGAGGAGAAAGCAGAACCUCUCCAACACCGCAUGCAAACAUUGCGCCCACGCCGCAAAGCAGACGAGCCGCCUUGCUGCGCCGAGCAGUUUUGCCUUUCCCCCCCCUCGCCUCGCCCCUUCCUCAGUCAUUCUCAACCUCAGCCCCCACGGCCCCACACCGGUUCCCCCUCCGAAGCUCACAGCCCUGCAGGGGUGCGGGAUCGCUCCGAUUCUUGCACGGAACACAAAGCAGCAGCUCCACUUGUCCGACCCUCCGCCCUCCCCUAGGGGUCGUUGCUUCCAGCGAUGGCGGUGACAGAGGAGCCCGACCACGGUUGUCCGUAGAACCUUUUCCCCUCCACCUUUACAGCCUUGUCUCUUCAAUGCAUACGUCAUAACUCCAAGGAUCCUCAUAGUGAGUUGCCAAACUUGAAUUGCACCAAUCAGUUUUCUGCAUCCAGAACCAGUCUCGUAGUGGCUGUACUUUGAAUAAGUAAUGUUUGCAUGUAAAAUAUAUACAUAUAUACAUAUAUAUAAAAAGUAUGUGCAUGGAAAAUGUUUAUCUUCGUACUUUUUUGAUACGAUGUAUUCAUCAGUUGUUAAUUUUUAAUUAUAUUUGAUAUAAAUUGGGGGUUUGUUGCAAAACUUUCUAUUUAAAGAAAAGGAAAAAGAAAAAAAUGUUGAAAAUUAUGAAAGAUCCAACCAUGCAACACAACUGGAAUUUCACCCAAAAAAAAAAAAGAAAAAAAAGAGAAAGAUUCUGUGAUUGCCUAGUUUGCUGCCUGAGUACCAUUUAUCAGCCAAACUUUGAACUCUGCAGUUGUUUCUACAAUUACAUUUUGUAUGAAGCAAAGUCCUUGAAUUCAAAUAAAAACUUAGCAAAAAAAAAAAAACAAACCAAAAACCAACCAACCAAACCACGUGACCAAGUCCCAGCCAAUGUGUGCAGUGGUGAAUGGGAGCCCGCCUGCAGCCGCAGCUCGGCCGUCGCUCCCGGUGGCAGCGUGGGAAGGAAGCUGCAUGGAGGGCCCAGGUUUGGGGUGCUGUAAGAAAUGGAAUGGGUGGUUUUGGUGUUACCUUGGGGCACUGUGAGCAUGGAAACCAGCAGUGUGAGGUCUGCUGGUGGCUGGCACGCUGCUGCUACUUAGUGGUGAUGGUGCUCGCUGAGAACGCCUUGCACUUCUUGCCCUGAGCAGAAGGCAAACCCAAGGCAAACGCAAGGAAGGAACUUCUCGUUUCUUUUGCUGCCUUAUUCACCAGGGCUGAGCACGGUGUGAGUCUCCCUCACUGGGCUCUGCUGCUGUGACCCUUCUGACAGCUCCAAAGACUCCCCAGUGUGGAGUUAAAAUAAUUAUUAGCAGCUGGAGAGCAUCCCUGGGGAGGAGCACUGCAGUUUUCAGUGCACUUCAGAGCCCAAGGUCUGGUUUAGGAUUUGCUGUUGUUCUUCCUUGCUGUGAUGAGGUCCCACCUGGGGUUCCUGUGAAGGGCUGUGUGAGCCCAGGGAAGGUCCUUUUGGUCACCAGGUCAGGAUGCAGCACAGGAGGAAGAUGGAUUGGCUUGAGGUCACUCAGUGAGUUAUUGGCAGUGUGGAGCAGAAUCACUUCCCUUGGCUGUUGUCUGGGCUGUGCCUGGGUUCCUUAGGAACAGAGGAGCAUAAAGAGCAGGAUUUUAUUUUAUUUUUUGAGAUAAGCCGAACCCAGGGGUGACGUGGAGAUUUCUGAGUGCUCCUGAGCAGCAUCCAUGGAAAGAGCAGCAACGCCAACCGUGCAGUGCAGCUGCGGGGCUUUGCACGGCUCUGUCCCCCCGAAGGGCACCGCUGCGUUCCAGCGUCGGGAUCCAUCGCAGCCCUGCAGAUCCCAUCAUUUGGGAGCAACAUUUCCCACUCCCCACACCUCGUGCUGCCGUUAGGGGGAAGCAUUCUCAGACCUUUCCUACUUCUUAGGGGGGAAAAAAAAAAACAACUUGAAAAGGGCCGAUUCGUCUCUCGCCGCUGCUCCUUUGAGGUCGUUCCCCCCACAAUAUUCACCUUAGGCUGUGGGUGGUGCUGGUGAGUGCCCCAACGGCCCGCAGCACGGUGCACCAACCCCAGACCGCUCGUGGAUGUUGCUCCCGUCCUCGGAGCUUUGGGAAGCGCUACUUCCAGAAGUGCCUGAUUAUAGGAAGGGCGCUUAACGCUUCCCUCCGGCAGAUCCCCGGGUAUUCAGCCAAAGAGGAUGCUUUGAUUCCAAUGGGAAGUGGGGGACACGAAGGGCAGCGGGGUGCCCGGGGUCAGCAGCAGAGAGCUCAGAGCAAGGACGAGGUCACCUGAGCAGGUUCCUCAUGCCUUGGUGUUUAGCUGUGUUCGCGUGCCAACAACCCCAGUUUCAUCCCCAUCUCCAUUUCCUGGGACUGCUCUGAAGGAGUUGGUUGUGCACUGAUCCACCUGAAAGCUCCCAUGGCAGCGGGGUGCUGCUGCAGGAAGGGAGAGAAGGGCGUUGCAUGCAGUACCCCCCAUCCCUCCAGAAAUCCACUGCAGGACAGAGAGAUGCAGCUAGGCCAGAAGGUCAGUGCUGUGCGAAUCAACGGGAAUCGGCAACACCUGAGAAAGAAAAGCCCAACCCGCAUCGCACGUUCUGAACGCAAAGCGAAGGGCUGCUCGAGCGCUCCUGAGCUUUGUGUGCAGAUCAGGCAAAGCCACGAGGUGGGAACGGGCGCGGGGAGGAGAGGGAGGCGAUCCGGAACACCCAGCAGCCCGCGGUUGCUCAAGAAACCCGUGUGUGCGCACGGCCCCGCUCAGCAAAAGGGGAGGGGGCCACGCGAUUCCCCCCGCCCCGUAUCAUCCGCCCACCCUUCCCCUGCUGGGGGCGGAGGGAUGAAUGGAGGGAGGGCAGGAAGGUGCCCCUCCUCACCCCCUCCCCUUCUAGCCCCCUCCCCUUAUCUCUUCUCCCCCCCUCCUCCUCCGCGGGGGUCCCGGAGCUCGGGGUGGAGCGGGACCGGGUGCGGGGCUGGGACCGGGCGCACGAUGCGCUGCGGGGCGCUGGCUCUGGCGCUGCUCUGCGCGCUGCCCCUGGGAGCGGUGGAGCUGGAGCUUCCCGAGACGGGCUCAGGGCUGCAGGCAGAUGAAGUGAACCUGCUGGACAAAAUGACUUCUCACUUAAAGGACCUCAGCAAUGUUUCCUUCAGCUACGAUGAGGCCAACUGCAGCACUCUGCAGAUCGGGCAGUACUCCACCCUCAGCAUUCCUACACAGGAGGUGUUUGGGGACAGGUUUGCAGAUGAGCUGAGCGUGCUGAUGAAGCUCAGGUACUCACUGCAGGAGGACACCAGCCUGUUGACCAUCCUGAGCCAUCGGAGCCACGUGCUCUUCCAGAUCCGGGUUAGCCCAUACGGUUUGGUCUUCGUCACCACGAGGAGGAGGCACUACGAGUUCCCCGUUUCCCUGCUCAGUGAUGGGCGCUGGCACCGAGUUGCACUCAGCAUCUCCCAGGAGAGCCUGGAGCUGCACGUGGACUGUCGGCUGGUGGAGAGAGCCAGCUGGCCCGGCUACCUGGGGAUGGGUGUGGGCACCGAGGGGCUGCUCAUCAUCGGAGGUCUGGUGGAGUCCUUUGAGAUCCCCUUUGAGGGAGCUCUGCAGCAGCUGACCUUUGUGAUGGGGGAUGCAGCAGCAGCUGGCGAGCAUUGCCACAGCCACACCGUGACAUGUGUGCACUCCUCUGGCCUCAGUCCUCCUCCGAGGGACCACUCUGCAGCAUGGCCAGAGGAUUCCAACCUCUCCCAUCCAGAUUUGACCUUGGGCCCACUUUGGACAUGGGAAGAUGCCCAGGAGACCCUUAGCCUGCAGCCAGAUGGGAGCACCCGGACUUUGUUCUCUGCUGCUGAGGUGCCAACAGCUGAAGAGCUGGAGGAAGAAGAGGGAAGCCUUUCUAUUGAGGAUGAAGGCUUUGAGCUGUUGAACUCCACCUAUAAUAAAAUCACUGGCCCUGGCAGGCCAGGGAUCAGCAGGAGCAGACCUCAGAUCAUCGGCAUGCCCAGAUCAUCAGCCAAGAAGGAGCAAGCCUCUGACCCUGGGCAGGAGAACAUCACCAAGGAUAAGCUGAAGGGCAAUGCAGACACCCACCUUCGCCUCCCACCCAUCAAGCCUGGCCGUGCCAUGAACCCCAUUGCCUCCUCCAAAGUGUUCCCAUCGAGACGACAGGCAGCCGCACCCGAGGGCUCCUCAGGGAUGGCUGCAGGGGAUCCAGAGCAUCCUCCCAUCCCCCUGGGGCACCCCAUCUUGCCAUCAGUGCGUGGAUAUCGGGCUCAUGUGAAGCCAGGACCCCCAGGGCUGCCAGGACCCCCAGGGCUGCCGGGAUGCCCUGGGAGACGUGGACUGAUGGGGCCCAAAGGAGACAAAGGUCAUGCCGGAGCCAUGGGGAGGAUGGGACCCCCAGGAGACCCAGGACCCACAGGCAUCCCUGGCAUCCCCACUCUUGUCCUCUGGAGGAACUCCCGCGAGGACUGGCUGAGCUUCACGCAAUCAUCCUUUUACCAGCUGCUGCACGCUGGCUGGCCGAGAAAACCCGGAGCCCCCGGCCCCCCAGGGCACCCAGGGAAAGCAGGCAUACCGGGGCUGUGUGGGGAGCCAGGAGAGCCGGGGGAGAAGGGCCAGCGGGGGUACAUGGGCAAGCCAGGGCUGCAGGGCUUGCCGGGUCGUGCAGGGCGGCCUGGUUUGGAUGGGUCCCCUGGCUUGGGGGGAAAACCUGGGCUGUGUGGACUGCCUGGCGAGCAGGGGAUGCAGGGCUUCCGCGGGGACCGGGGGCUGGCUGGUGAGAAGGGAGAAGAGGGCUUCUUGGGUGACCCUGGACCUCCUGGGGAGAAAGGCGAGAAGGGAAUGAAGGGGAUGAAAGGAGAGAGCGGCCUGCCCGGUCCUGCUGGAGCUCACGGCAUGGCAGGUCUGAAGGGUGCCAUGGGCUUCCAGGGCCCUGCAGGGCCAGAGGGAGAAGGUGGUUCAGUGGGUUCCUCAGGCCCUGCUGGCCCUAUGGGACAGCCAGGCCAGCCAGGUUCUGUUGGGUGCCAAGGAGUCAACGGCUCUCAGGGAGAAAUGGGUCCUCCUGGCUUGCCUGGCCCCCAUGGUCCCAAGGGGCCGCAGGGCUUGCAGGGACAGCGUGGCCCCCCAGGCCUCAGGGGUAUGCAGGGUACUGCUGGGAUGGAGGGGUCCUCCGGUCCCAAAGGAGACACUGGCACAGAAGGGGUCCCUGGAAUGAGGGGACAAUCAGGACAGGAGGGACCUGUGGGGUUUAUUGGCCUGCCAGGGUCCAAGGGCAUCCAAGGAGAGCGGGGCUGCCGGGGUCCCAGCGGAGCCAAGGGAGACCUGGGUGCCAAAGGAGGCAAGGGUCUGCGAGGAGCACCAGGAGCUGCGGGUCCCCCAGGGCUGCGGGGCCAGAUGGGCUCAUUAGGCUUCCCAGGACCCCGUGGGGCAGCAGGACCCCGGGGACCUGAGGGAGAAGAAGGGCAGAUGGGUCCAGUGGGGCUGAACAGCAGCGAAGGACCGAAGGGAGGCCGAGGACCUGAUGGCCCAAAGGGAAUGCCAGGACCACGGGGUGCCAGGGGCCGUGGGGGCCAACGUGGGCUGGUUGGAGUCCCAGGAGCUCCUGGCUCAAGAGGCAUCCCUGGAGCAGAAGGCACAGAAGGAAAGCCUGGUAUACAGGGUCCCCCCGGGGCUGUGGGCAGCCCAGGCAGGAUGGGAGCACCGGGCUUUGUAGGUGUGCAGGGGGGCAGAGGGCAUGCAGGACCUCCUGGAGCCACAGGGCCCCAAGGAAAACCUGGAGCUGAUGGAGACCCGGGUUGCAUGGGUCCAAAGGGUCUGCCUGGGAAACCUGGCUUGGAGGGACCACAGGGGCCGGUCGGCAUGUAUGGCUACCCAGGACUGGCUGGCGAUCGUGGGAAGCCAGGGCACAGGGGAGACAAGGGAGAAGCUGGAGCCCAAGGCCCACCAGGAUUCCCUGGAAAAGCUGGUCCCAAGGCCCCACCAGGCCCCCCCGGCCCACGAGGUGCUCCUGGCUCCCAGGGAAGAGCAGGAGAGCAGGGUCCUCGGGGAUUCCCAGGGCUGCCGGGAGCUCCUGGUGUACGGGGGCUGCACGGCGUGCCCGGGAAGCCUGGCUUAGUGGGGGAAAUGGGGGCACCUGGAGCAGCAGGGGCUGCUGGCCCUCCUGGGUACCCGGGCCAAGAAGGUCCAAGAGGACCUGAGGGGCCUUCAGGGAUGCAAGGCGAGCAGGGUGUCCUGGGGUGUCCUGGGGAAGCCGGCACCAGUGGGCUGAAUGGUGAGCAGGGACUGCCAGGACUUGCGGGAGCUGAGGGGCGGCCGGGGCUCAAGGGCCAUCAGGGUGAUGCAGGACCUCGUGGAGCUCCGGGUGUCAGCGGUGCUUGCGGGGAGCGAGGAGAACGUGGGCCAGCGGGGCUGCCAGGGGGACCUGGGCAGCAAGGGAAGGAGGGGGAUGUUGGUUAUGCUGGAGAGCUGGGUGAGCCAGGACCACAGGGACGAAAGCAGGGAGAUGCUGGCCCCCAAGGCCCUCCUGGAGUGCCGGGACUGGGAGCUGCACCGGGGGAGGCUGGAGAGAAAGGCCGCAAAGGAGAGAAGGGCCAGGAGGGGCUGCUGGGCCAGGUUGGUGUCAGUGGUGCCGCAGGAACCACCGGAGCCCGGGGACGCUCUGGUGGGACAGGUCUGCGAGGCCCUCCUGGGCUCCAUGGUCUCGAAGGAGCGAAGGGUGAUGCAGGACCCUGUGGCAGGGAUGGAGCUGCUGGAGCAGCUGGGCCGGAGGGACCCACAGGACAGGAUGGAGCAAAGGGAGAUCGUGGCCAUCCUGGCCCUGUGGGCUCAGUGGGUGCACCUGGGCGGCCAGGAGGCCCUGGCUUCAAGGGCUACAUUGGGCACCGAGGAGCUGGGGGAGCAGUAGGCACACGGGGGCAGCCGGGUCGACAGGGUCCUCUUGGGCCUCCGGGCAAUGCUGGAGUCCCAGGGUCUGAUGGCAUUGAGGGCCUCGUGGGUGCCAAAGGGGAGCCAGGCACAGUGGGAGAACCAGGGCACAUGGGCUCUCCAGGACAAGCCGGUCCCCAAGGGCAGAAAGGUCACAAAGGAGAAAAGGGUGAUGUGGGGCAGGAAGGGCCAGAAGGGGCUCCUGGAGAAGCUGGCAGACGGGGCAAGCGAGGCAAGGUGGGGCACCGGGCACCCAGAGGCUCCCGUGGACCCAAGGGCCAUCAAGGUGAUGAGGGGCUGGCAGGGCCCCAGGGCCUACAAGGACUGUAUGGCAUCCCUGGGCUGAAGGGCUUCAGAGGGGACCCUGGACACAAAGGACCCAAGGGUGAGAAGGGCAACAGGGGUCACCUGGGGCAGCACGGGGACGAUGGCUUCAAGGGCAAGCAUGGACCCCAGGGCGCUCCUGGGCGACCAGGGCCCAAGGGAGAGCAGGGUGAUGCUGGCCCCCCCGGCCCACGAGGACUGCCUGGGCUCCCUGGGAAGCCGGGCUUGCCUGGACAGAAGGGACUGAAAGGUUUCCUGGGCCACCCAGGUGCCAGGGGCAAGCCAGGACCACCGGGGCUGGCUGGUCCUCCCGGACCCAGCGGGCCAGUGCUGAUGCUAUCUAAGGAGGAGCUGUGGCACCUGAUUUAUCCUGCCGACCGCCUGAACCGUACCACAGUGCUGGCUCUGCUGGACGACCUGAGCCGUGAGCUGAGAACACUCGUUGAACACCCCGAUGGCACCAAGGACAAACCUGCAGCCACCUGCAAGGAGCUGCUGCUGGCCCACCCCAACCUGCCCGAUGGGCAUUACUACAUCGACCCCAACCAGGGCAGCCCUCGGGAUGCUUUCGUGGCCUUCUGUAACUUCACGGCAGGUGCUGAGACCUGCAUACCCCCUGUGCACAACCAGGUUCCCAUCAAAGCCUGGCUGAGCUCCUAUGCCUCCAUGCACACCUUUGAGUGGUUCAGUGCUCUGCCUGGGGGCUUCGUGCUGGAAUACACAGGGGCCAACGCAGUGCAGCUGCGCUUCCUGCGCCUGCACAGCCAUAGGGCUGCCCAGAAGAUCUCCUAUUCCUGCCGCCCCGCUCUCCACCACCGUCAGCCCCAGAAGGAAAUCCGCUUCCUGGCUGACACCCGGGAGCAGAGCUACGUGGCCACGCUGCAGGGCUGCCUGCCUGACAACGACUCCUCUAUCACUGACACCAUCUUCCACUUCGUCACGGAGGAGCUGGCCCUGCUGCCCCUACGGGACCUGGCUGUGUUCCACGAUGGUGAUGCUUUGCACCAGUUUGGGUUCACCAUUGGCCCUGUCUGCUUCAGCUGAGCGCUGGGAGUCAGGCAGGGUUGGCCCCAGGCUGGCAUGCUGUGUCUGUAGCUGCGUUAUGCCAUGGACUACACUUCCUCCUGAAGUAGAAGAACAUUG